UCCGUUAGUGACGGUGAAGCGAGAGGAGGCGCACGCUGCUCUGCUCCGGGGCCGUUUCCUAAAAUUUGCUGGUUUCCCCCCCAAAUAACGAAAAUCUGUGUAGAGAGCUAACCACCCGUAGUCGUAAUAAUGGCCGAAGGAGACAAUAAAAGUGCCAACAUCCUUGCCCAGGAAACAGCCCAACUGGAGGAGCAGCUGCAGGGCUGGGGGGAGGUGAUUCUGGCUGGGGACCAGGUGCUGCGGUGGGAGAAGGCCUGGUUCCCUGGGGCUGUGAUGGCCGCCACAACCAUGCUGUUCAUGCUGAUUUAUUACUUGGACCCAUCUGUACUGACUGGGCUCUCCUGCACAGUUAUGCUGUUAUGCCUGGCGGACUACUUGGUGCCCAUCCUUGCUCCACGCGUCUUCGGCUCCAACAAGUGGACCACUGAGCAGCAGCAGCGUUUCCAUGAAAUCUGUGGCAACCUGGUGAAGACCCAGCGCAGAAUGUUUGGCUGGUGGAAGCGCCUCUUUGCCCUCAAGGAGGAGAAGCCCAAAAUGUAUUUUGCCUCAGUGAUCAGCAGCCUGCUGGCAGUGGCCUGGAUUGGACAGCAGGUGCACAACCUGUUCCUCACUUACUUAAUUGUGAGUUUCCUGUUGCUCCUGCCUGGCCUGAACCAGCACGGCAUCAUCUCCAAAUACACCGCAAUGGCCAAGAGGGAGAUCAACAAACUGCUGAAACAGAAGGAGAAGAAGAAUGAGUGAAUGAUAGACUAGGUGGAAGACGGAGGGGGGAUAUUGGAAGGAUUGAACCACUGCGCAGAAUAAGGCAGUUUUAUUGAAAAGAAGUCGGGAAGAAGGAAAAAAAAAGCCAGCCUCUUGCUUCUGUAGUCAUGCCACAGAGCUUAGACCAAGGCCACACUGAAAUUUAAACUCACCCAGUGGGAUAUUUUUUUCCUCCCUUUUUGUUUAUCUGAAUUCCCAUACGUUUACCACAUGGAACUUCUUUUUUAAUUCUAGCACUGUAUUUCUCACCAACUCAAGGUUGAUGUGUUCCUAGACCAUACCCAUGGGUUUAGUCACCAAUACACACACGCACAUCUAGCAUUCACAUGCACAAACCUGGUCUUCCCUUCUCUUAUUUGGUUAGUAUGUGUUGUAAGACAUCAGUAAUGCUUUUAAACUACUUUAUUUUAUUUAUAGAAUAAGAAAGCGACUACUGAGCAGGGCUUUUUUUUGUAGCGAUACUGCAUCACUUUUAGCCUCACAUAGAUUGCUCGUGUUACUGAUGUGGACAUUUAUUUGCAUUAGACAGGGCCUUUAGAGGUUUUUAUUUUUAGGGCUUAUCCUGCGCUAGUUGGAUUUGAAUACAGCACUGGAAAAAUCAAACUGGAGUCAAAGCAGAGCUCCUCUGGCAUCUCUCUGCCAGGAGGGGAGCCGUUUGUAUAGAUGCAAGCCUACUGCUGUACUGCUGCUAUCUGGACUCCGGUCCUUCAGCUCUUACUUUGUCCACCCCCGCUCACUCUCCUACACUCUCUGCUCUGGGGUGACCAUGUAAAUAGGCCUGUCUCUCUGUUCUUGUCAAGUUUUCUCUGUUGUGUUUUUCCUCUUUGUUUUUUUUUUUUUCUCUUAUUUUCUCGUCAUACCGCUGUCCUUCAUUUCACUUCUACCGGAAAUGUUUUAUUGGAGCUCUCUACAGAGAACAAAUAAAGUCUGAUCUAAAUCAAUUUCA